GAGCGGCGCUUUCAGUGGACGCUCCCGCGCUCCAGCCAUUGGUCGACUCGCGCGCGUGGAAGACAAACCUGACGCUGAGUGAGAGGAUCCUCUUCAAGAGACCAUGGCUUCAAAGUGCCCUAAAUGCGAAAAGACUGUUUAUUUUGCUGAAAAAGUGUCAUCACUGGGGAAGGAUUGGCACAAGUUCUGUUUGAAGUGUGAGCGCUGCAGUAAGACCCUCACCGCGGGUGGCCAUGCUGAGCAUGAUGGGAAACCAUACUGCCACAAGCCAUGCUAUGCUGCCCUCUUUGGGCCAAAAGGUGUGAACAUUGGGGGUGCUGGCUCAUAUGUGUAUGAGGCUCCAGCCAAUCCCUCCCCACCUGCAUCCACCGUAGACUCUGCACCCAAUCCUCAGGAGAAAUGGGUCCCGGCAUCUUCAAGGCCACCAUCUAAAGCUGGAAGCAUCACCACCUUCUCUGGGGAAGCCAACUUGUGUCCCAGAUGCAACAAGAAGGUCUAUUUUGCUGAGAAGGUGACGUCACUGGGGAAGGACUGGCAUCGUCCGUGCCUGCGUUGUGAGAGAUGCAGUAAGACCCUGGCAGCUGGCAGCCACGCAGAGCAUGAUGGUCAGCCCUACUGCCAUAAACCAUGUUAUGCUGUCCUCUUCGGUCCAAAAGGUGUAAACACUGGUGGUGUCGGCAGCUACAUCUAUGACAAGGAGCCCACCACGGAGGCCCAGCCUUGAUUUUCAAUCCCGGGAAGCCCAACUUCACUAUAAUAACAGGCACUACCAGUACCUCACACACUUUCACAUAUGCCCCACUUUUUGCCUUAUCACAGAUAACCUGUGCCAGCUUGAACGUUUCUGCAGAAAAGUGACGCCACAUAUAAUCAUGCCUUGAGCUCCAGCCGCACCACUGACAGUCCCUUGGCCUCUUCUUUUUGAUCUACCCCAAUUACAAUGAACCCCAAUAAGAGGAAAAUUUGAACUGGUUAAUCAUUUUUUAUUUGUCCUAUGAUUCAUUUAAAGGUCAUUUAUUUGUGUAUACAGUAUCUUUGUUUGUAUUAUCAUUAAAGCACUGUAUUGUAGCUCCUCUAUAAAGGAAAAAGUAAGAUCCCUACUUCCACAAUACUGCAUGUACAGUAGGAUGCUUGUGUAAUGAGUGUUCUAGUAGCAGAUAAAACAACAGAAGUUCACUGAGGGAGUUUUGUUACAUGAAGAGGAGCCGAGCUGUUUGAAAUGCCUGCUCGCCUUAGAGUCUCCAUGCAGGUGCAUUCGGGAGCACAUCAUCAUAAAUCUGAAAAAUAUUCCCAAACCCAGAUUUACCUUUUUGGCCAUAUGGCAACAUUCUUUAGUUGCAACUUUUUAAGAGAAGAUCUGCAGCAUAUAUGCAGACAGUAAAGUGAAACGGCCAAGCUCUUAUUUUUAAGGGGAGGACAGAUCCUGCUCCCAGAGGGCCACUGUCCUGAAGAGUUUAGCUCCAGAUCUAAGUACACCUGAACCAGCCAAUCAAGGUCUUCCAGAUCACUAGAAACUUCCAGGCUGGUGUCGUGGGACAGGAUGGAGCUCAAAUCUGCAGGCCCUCCAGGAGCAGGUCUGGAUACCCCUUGAUUUAUGGGAUAGCUAGUUGAAGUCCACAGGGACUGAUGGGAACAGGGGUGUAUGUGAUUGGUGCUUGGUGACCAAGUAGCUGCAGCUAAUAUUUCUGAUGCCAAUCUAGUACCGUUACAUGAUGCAUGAAACAUAUUAAGGAAAAGGUAUGGAUAAGCUUUUGUAUUAUUUGUGAUCUGAAUAUUUUAAACGAACCCCAGUUUCUCAAAGUGUUGAAACUGAAGUAUUAUGUUUUCCAUUAGUUCUUUAGUUUGUAGUGAAUUCGACUGCAGUCUUUCUGAAGGUGUAUUUGUACUCUGACUGUUAUAUAUUUUUGCUGUAUCAGGCCUUUUGUUCUUUGGAGAACUCUCUUAUGCAGAGUCUGCAUGUCAAGUCCUGCUGCUUCUGUUUGUUUAAUCCCAUAUUAAAGUUUACAUAAAGCUU